GGAUUUUCAAAUAGUUUAUUUUCCUGUGUUUUGUGGCUUGAAUUUUGAAUUUCAUCCGUUACUUUUGUGUUGUAUUGAGCGUUGAACCACCGUGGCUGGCUGUAUCACGAAAUUUUCUUUUCAUUUAGCUUUCGAGUGUAAGUUAGGAAAUUAACAGCAUAAUGGAGGAGUCUACGAUUAUUCCAGAUGAUUACGAAUCGCUAAAAACUGAGUACCUUUCACUGCAGAAAGAAUUUGAAAUGGUUAAGCAGGAAGUUUAUAAUCAGAAGCGAGAAGUGGGUAGAUUACUGGCACUGGAAGGGGAGUACCAAGGCGAAAUCGAAUCCUUGCAAAAGGAAGACGGAUUGAGGAACGGCAAAUACGAAGAGCAAAUCGCACAUUUGGAGGAAACAAUAAGUGCACAGCGGAAUAAGUACAACAGCAAAUUGAUAGAGCUAGAGCAUGAAAUCAGUAAGAAAGAAGAAGAAAAUAGCGAAUUACGAACAAAAAUAGAGGAAAUUAGCGAGCUCAAUGCGGCUGCACCUGAACUAGAAACAACAAAGCUGAUGGAUGAGAUAGAUCUCUUGAAAGAUGACAUUGAUCAUUACAAAACUAUGAUAGAGGAAAUUACCACUUCAUAUGAUGAGGCGAAAGAGCAAAAUGGUGUUUUGGAGACAAAUUAUCUGGUAAGAUACUCAGAUGCUCAUAAAAAUAUGUGCAGUUAAAACAUUUUCAUUCAUGGAGGAAUGUAAAGAAGAACUGACUACUGUUAAAGAAUGCUUGGUUAUCAAAAAGGAAGAACUGACCGAGGCUAAUGAUCUAAUACAAAGACUAAAUGACGAGAUACUCUGUUUGAAAAAUGAACUAGAGACAUAUAAAAGUCAACCUUUGGACAGAAAGAGCAAAGGAAACUCACUGUUUGCUGAAGUUGAUGAUAGAAGGGUUCAUCUUCAACAAGUAAAUAAAGAAAUGAAAGAAGCUUAUUUGGCAAUGAAGGCAGAAAGAAUCCAGCAUCUAGAUACUAUAAGGAGGCUGAAGUUGGAGAAUUGCAGAUUGACAGAAAAAUGGAAGCUAGAUUAUAAAGAAAUAGGACAAGAUGAUGCGGCUAUCAAAGAGACAUACCAAGAUAGAAUAACUGCCUUGGAAGACCUCGUGCAACAAUACAAGAACGAUUUGGCGGCUAAGCCACUGGUGAUAGGUCCAAAUGAUCUGAGCCACUAUAAAUAUUUCCAGUUUAUGCUGAAAGAAAAGAGUGAUGCGAUAGAAGAGCUGCGUCGUCGCGUGUUCGAGAUAAGUCGCAACGAGAUGUUUUCAGCGGAAACUAUAAAACGUAUAAACGAGGAGAGGAGGAAGUGGCGCAUAGAGGCAUUCGCAAAAGAGAAGCUGUUAGAGUACUAUGCCAGCCAGACAGAUCAGGAUGUUGCUGAAAAAAUAAAACAGGAAGUCAAGGCCGAUAUGAGGAACAGUGACGUUAACGAAUGUAGGGAAACUUUCAGCAAAUACAGGUCAAGCUCCAGAAGAACUUCAGCCUGGCGUAGUUUACGAGAGCUCUCUUCAGAUGAGGAGGAUGAUGUACAAUUUCCUGAAAACGGCCGGAUCAAACAAGAAAAAGAUAGCGCCGAAAACAAGGUUGAAGUAAGAGAAGAUGAAGAGCCUAUCAAGAUUGAAAGCGAUGAUUCUGUUGUGGAAAUUAAGGAAGUAGAGACGAAGAACGUUGACAAGGCAGAUAAAGAGAACGUAUCUGAUAACUUGCCAGUCAGGGAGAGAAAAAAUGUUCGUUUUACCGAGGCUACGAUCUCGCCGUUGAAGAGCAAACCUACUCGAAGCAGAGGAGUUAUAGUCGAACAUUCUGUCGUGCAUUUUGACGAUUAAUGUCUUAUUAUUAUUCUUAUAUACGUGUAUUUUAUUUUUUAUUUACCUUUACGUAAUUUAUCGUCCGUUACUUUGAAUAUAAGAUUAGCUAUAUAUA